UUAUAAUAAUAUUAAGAUGAAGCUAAUCUUGGCUAUAUUCGCAACCCUCAUCGCUCUUGUUUAUUCAAGAGAUGAAUGUAGGGUAUUCUCAUGUAGCUCUAUUGAAAAUGAAGAGAGAGUCAAACACUGUGCUGAGAGAGAUGAAAAUGACUUCGGAUCUUGGAAUGUAAAGCAAUGCAAUCAAAAGAAUAGCUUCUGCAAGACCUUUGGAUUCAAAUCACCAGGCGCUCUUCAGUACCCAGCUAGAUGUGAGGUUAUUGAGCCUGAAGAAGGAGAGGAAGAAGAGAAGCCUUUUGCUAAUAAUUUGGGAGUUGGCGUCGAAGGCGAUCACUGCGAGUCAUAUAAAGACUGCCAUAGAUCUUACUAUUCGAAAGCAAAAUGUGAAGAUAAUGUUUGCAAAGCUUCUACUAAGGAAGGAUCUAAAUGCAAGGUCCAUAUUGACUGUCCAAUGGGGCACUUCUGUGAUUCAAAAACUUGUGUCAAAUCUCGCAAGGCAGGACAGAAUUGUACCAAAGAAAUCGAGUGCGAAAUUGGGCACAGCUGCCUCCAAUUAGUUGAACAUGACAAUCAAGAAAAUAUUUGUAUUCCAGACAGUUAUCUUGAUGAUGGAGUUCUCUUUUCAUAUGCUGACACUGGAUUCUUCAAUAUUAAAGAAACAGAUAAUUUGGAAGGAAAGCAACUUGAACCAACCUUCAGUAGUCAUUGUGAGUCCAUUAAUCAAGUUCAACUAGGAAAGAACUUAUUCCAAUGUAGAAAAGCGGAUACAAAUCUGAUUCCUGAUCUUUCUCGUAAAGCCAAAGGGAGUAACUGUAUCAUUCAAACUUACACUCAUGAAGAUCCAAAGAUGUUUGAACUCCAAACAAACAAAACUGAAAAAUCUUUGUGUGGGUUCAAUAAAGAUAGUAAAGCUUGGUGUCCUCUCAAAGCUGGUGACAAGAUUGCUCAAUAUCUCUACUUCAACUGGGUUGAUAAAAAAAACAGCUUUAAAUGUAGCCGUUUUAGCCAGAAUGAUCCUCAAACUGGAAGUAUCUGCCAUGACUUAUUUGUUGCUCAACAAGCUGAUGAUGAAGAUCUGUUCUCAUUCACUAAAUUCAAGGCAACUGUUUUAAACCCAGAUAGUGCUCAAGUAUGGGCUAAUACUGCAAACAACAACAUAUGUGUUGCUAAGUCUCUGACUCAAGAUUUCUGGGGAAAUCAUUUUGCCACUUUUAGUCACUAUACUCAUUAAUCCUAGAUUACAGAUAAGAAUGAGAUUAUACACCCAAUCAAUCUUCAAC